UCUGGUGUAGGGUGACCAAUGCAGGUAAUAAUAUACCUGGCGUGGCCGAGGCUGUGGCCUAUAAGAAGCAGCGCUCGUGGUCGGCUGGCUCAAACACACUCACUUGAGACACCUUACCGUCUUCGUGAGUUACACCUGUUGCCUGACUCACCUGUUUAUUUUCACACGGCAUUUUCAGGAACCACAGACAAUGAGGGAAGUCGUUAGCAUCCACAUCGGCCAGGCUGGAGUACAGAUCGGCAACUCCUGUUGGGAAUUGUACUGUCUAGAGCAUGGCAUUCAGAUGGACGGUCAGAUGCCCUCAGACGUGUCCGUCGAGGGCAGAGAUUCUUCCUUCAGCACCUUCUUCAGCGAGACAGGAUCUGGGAAACAUGUGCCUAGGACCAUCUUUGUUGACCUUGAGCCAACAGUUAUUGACGAAAUCCGAACAGGCCCGUACCGUCAGCUCUUCCACCCAGAUCAGCUGAUAACGGGCAAUGAGGAUGCCGCCAACAACUACGCCCGAGGUCACUACACCAUCGGCAAGGAGAUCAUCGACGGUGUGAUGGAUAGAAUUAGGAAGCUGGCUGACCAAUGUAGUGGACUCCAGGGUUUCCUCAUCUUCCACAGCUUCGGUGGCGGCACUGGCUCCGGCUUCACCUCUCUGAUGAUGGAGAGACUGUCCUUUGACUACGGCAAGAAGUCCAAGCUUGAGUUCUCCGUGUAUCCCGCUCCCCAGGUGUCUACGUCCGUGGUCGAACCCUAUAACUCCGUACUGACUACACACACAACACUGGAACACUCGGACUGUUCGUUCCUGGUCGACAACGAGGCUAUCUACGACAUCUGUCGACGUAACCUCGACAUUGAUUAUCCUACCUACACCAACCUGAAUCGUCUGAUCAGCCAGAUCGUCAGUUCAAUCACAGCCUCUCUCCGAUUUGACGGCUGUUUAAACGUGGAUCUCAACGAGUUCCAGACCAACUUAGUCCCGUACCCACGCAUCCACUUUCCCCUGAGCACGUACGCUCCGAUUGUGUCAGCAGAGAAGGCUUUCAGAGAGUCAAUGACAGUUUCUGAAAUUUCAACUGCCUGCUUCGAGCCCGUCAACCAGAUGGUAAAGUGCGACCCUCGUCACGGCAAGUACAUGGCCUGUUGCAUGCUGUUCCGUGGUGAUGUCGUCCCCAAAGACGUCAGCGCAGCCAUUGCCAACAUCAGGACCAAGAGAAGCAUCCAGUUCGUUGACUGGUGUCCCACCGGGUUCAAGGUCGGCAUCAACUACCAACCACCAACAAUUGUUCCUGGGGAUGACCUUGCCAAGGUCCAGAGAGCUGUCUGCAUGUUGAGCAACACCACUGCCAUCGCCGAGGCCUGGGCUCGUCUCGACCACAAGUUUGAUUUGAUGUACGCCAAGAGAGCGUUCGUCCAUUGGUAUGUUGGGGAGGGUAUGGAGGAGGGGGAGUUCACGGAGGCUCGGGAGGAUCUGGCAGCGUUGGAGAAGGACUAUGAGGAAGUGGGGGCGGACACCGUAGAUACGACGGGGGAAGAAUAUGACCAAUCAGAGUUCUGAGAGCUUUAGGGGAAUACGUGCAAUAUUAAUUACGCAUAAUCAAUAAUACAGCAUAUAUUGCGUGCUAUAGCGCUGAGAGGUAUUGAACACAUUUAUGCUAACAUAAAACAGAGACUGGCUUGAGCUCUAUGAUAUAAUUUCAUUAUUCAUCGUAUAUGUCAUUCCUUAUGCAGUCGUCAGCCUUCCUUUCUUAUGAAUGGAGAAACAAUAUAUAUCCUAAUGA